AACAAAUUGGGGGUGUGUUACUGAGUUUAAUAACCAAACGAAGCCUGAAGUGAUUGGCUUGUCGACUACCCGUGUGGGCUCAUGUAGAAUAGAGUCCCUCCUGCCUCAUCGUCCCUGAAUACGGAGCAGCAAAUUAGGGUUCUAAAAUCCCCGCCAGUUUUAACCACCGGAAUUCUCUCUCUCUCUACACACACACACACAUAUAUAUAGAUAAUAUUUAUCUGCAAAAAAUCUGUGUUUGUCCAUUGAAUGACGAAAGAAGACGAGAGCCCAGAGACUCCAGUGGCUUCAAAGCCAAGUCCAAACACUAAAAACGAAGUUCCUCGCAUGGUCUCCCAGGACAGUUCGCCUCACACUCACAAGGAGACCUCUUCAAUCCCUAAGAAGUCUCUCACUCCCGAAGAUUUCAUACUCUCCGUCGCCUCCAAGAUCGCUUCUCAGCCUCUCAGAUACUCCGAUCCCGACGUCUGGGGUGUCCUCACUGGCAUUUCCAACAAUGCCCGCAAGCGUCAUCAGGGCAUAAAUAUGCUUUUGACUUCUGAUGAGCACUGCAUUGGCCGAUUGGUAGAUGAUACACGUUUUCAGAUUAUAUCAACUGCGGUAAGUGGAAAUCAUUGCAAAAUUUAUAGGAGGAGGGUUGGUGCUGAAGAUGUGGAGAACUCGUCCAACUUAUAUAAAACUGUAUUCUUGAAAGAUACCAGUACAAAUGGGACAUACCUCAACUGGGAGAAGUUGACAAAAAAUGGUUCUGAAGCUGAACUACAUCAUGGAGAUAUUAUCUCAUUUGCGUGCCCUCCUCAACAUGAACUCUCCUUCGCAUUUGUAUUUCGAGAUGUUCUCAAGUCCACUUCCUUGUCCGAUGGUCCAGUUUUGAAAAGAAAAGCAGAGGAGUUUGGCUCUGAAAGCAAGAGAGUAAAAGGCAUUGGUAUAGGUGCUCCUGAAGGUCCUAUUUCGCUUGAUGAUUUUCGGAGCCUUCAACGAUCAAACACGGAAUUGAGGAAGCAAUUGGAAAGUCAGGUCCUUACAAUUGAUUCCUUGCGCAAUGAAUAUCGUGUGGCUCUUGAGCGCCAUGAAAGUGAAAUCAAAGAUUUGAGAGAAUCGGUAUCAAAAUCUUAUAUUGACCAACUCAAAGAGUUGCACGAUUCAUUGGAGGUUAAACAGAAGGAACUGGUGGAGAUUAAUAAAAUAACAGCAGAACAAAAGCAUGCUAUGGAGGACCUGAAUGGAAGACUUUCUUCAACAUUUCAGUCAUGUACUGAAGCAAAUGAAAUAAUAAAUAGUCAGAAAGCAUCUAUAUCUGAACUUAAGGCACAAUUAGAUGAAGAGCGAGAACAGAGAAGAGAAGAACGAGAAAAGGCUGCAGUAGAUUUAAGAGCCUCUAUUCAGAAAGCUCAGGCGGAGGCUCAAGAAGAAAUCAAACGAUUGUCUGAUGCUACGUUGAGACGAGAGAGAGAGCAGCAAGAAGUAAUUAAUAAGUUUCAGGAAUCAGAAAAAGAAAGGUGUUCAUUAGUGGAAACUUUGAGAACAAAAUUGGAAGAAACUAGGCAAAAAUUGUUCAACUCUGACAAUAAAGUUCGCCAGCUAGAAUCCCAACUUUGUGAGGAACAAGUAUCUUCUGCGAAUGGAAGAAAAAAAGUAGAAGAACUUGAGCAUGGAAUGAAGAGAUUGAGGAAUGAGCUUGAGAGUGAAAAGCAGGCAGCUCGGGAAGAAGCGUGGGCUAAGGUUUCUGCACUUGAGCUUGAGAUAAAUGCUGCAAUGCGGGAUCUUGAUUUUGAGAGACGCAGGUUGAAAGGUGCCAGGGAAAGAAUAAUGCUCAGGGAAACACAGCUACGGGCAUUUUAUUCCACAACUGAGGAGAUCUCAGUUUUGUUUGCAAAGCAGCAGGAACAACUGAAGGCAAUGCAAAGGACACUGGAAGACGAGGAGAACACAUCAGUUGAUAUUGACCUCAAUCAAGAUUUUGAAAAUUUUGAUGGGACACUAGCCAGAGAUAAUGAAGCGUCAGGCUAUCGAAACAAUAGUAUUGCUAAGGGAGGCUCUGCCACUUCUGCCCACGGGGGUGGCAGAAAUCAAGCUGAGACAUCAAGUAAUGAAGCCAGUGUUACUGAGAAGCAUGAAUGUGAUAUCAGAAACCAAGAAGAUGAUCAGAACACCCAGGAAGCAGAAUUCAGCAGUAUGGACCACCACUCUGCUAAGGGUGGCUUUGGUUCUGACAUUGCUGGUGUUGGCACAGAACCUGUUUUGGAUGGAGAUACCAUUGGAACUGAGCGAGUCCUUGAAACUGAAAGCCCUGGGGCCUGUGUUGCCGGAAAUAUUGAUUUGAACAAGUGCAGCCAAGCUGAAGACACAAUGCAGCUGGAUGACGAAACUCAUGUACAAGAAACUGAGCAGCGGGUUUGGACGACACUUACAGAGGUUUUGCACCACUCCCAGUCAAAUAACCCUGUUGAGAUUCAAGACACCAUGGAAGAUACUGAAGCUGAUGGCACAAUCAAAACAGCAGACCUUUUGACUUCUGAAGUUGCGGGGAGCUGGGCUUGCAGCACAGCUCCUUCAGUCCAUGGAGAGAAUGAAUCUGCAGGUAGAGACAAUGAGGAAGAUCCUGCGACUGCACAUGAUUCCAAUGUUCAGGCGGCCGAGAGUCAGAGUACCCCAUGUUCUGUGGCGGCUGUUGCUGCUGCUGCUAAACGUAGCCAAGAACGUCAGGCACUGAGUGAGAUGAUCGGGAUUGUCGCUCCUGAACUAAGGGAGCAGUUUGGUGGUGCUGUUGUGGAUGAUUGUGAUCAGGAGGGUGCCAGAAAAGGAUGUGUUUCUAACUCAGACACGGAAGAUUGCACUGACAGUGAUGACGAUAAUGGAGUAAAUGCUGUAGGUGGAUCAAUAUCAGAUACUGAAACCGAGGGUAGUGACAGAGCUGGUGAGCAGAAAUGUGAUGAUCCAAUGGAUGAUGUAGAUGAAGCUACACAAGAAGAUUCACUUGGAUAGCUGGAAUGUAAAUGGAUUCACAAAGUUCUCAUUUCCAUUUUAUUUUUUUUCUUGGUUUUAACAAGGGAGAAAAGCUGUAAAUAGAAGUGGCCUCUGAACCCUUGGUCUGUAUAUUUUUCUUCUUUCUCA